AAGGAGGAGUCUACCGUUCUGCUCUUACCUUCUAUUCCGUUCUCGCUUCGAGUUUCCUGUUGAGUUUCUUGGUGUUCGGUGGUCGCCAACGACGGCAAUUGAGAAAAUGCCCGAUCGCUUCUCCGAGAACAACGACGGCAUGGAUGCAGCCGUUGUCAACGGCGGCGCUGGGGGGGAGUUGGUGGUAGGCUUGCCGGAUCAUCUCGUCGUGAUGGUCCAUGGGAUCCUCGGAAAUGCUACUGAUUGGAAAUUUGCUGCUGAACAAUUUGUUCGGGUUCUUCCAGAUAAAGUAGUUGUCCAUUGUAGUCAAAGAAAUGUCUCCAAAUUGACCUUAGAUGGUGUUGAUGUGAUGGGAGAACGUUUAGCAGAAGAGGUAAAAGAAGUUGUCGAACAAAUGCCCAAAGUUCGGAAGAUCUCAUUUAUCGCACACUCUGUGGGAGGUCUAGUUGCUAGGUAUGCCAUUGGUAGGCUAUAUGAGCCCCCUCAAUCAGAGGAAGAAAAUGAAGAUGUUUCGGCUAAUGGUGCACAAGGAAGAAGCUUAAGAGGUACUAUAUGUGGCCUAGAAGCAGCGAAUUUUAUCACAGUUGCAACACCUCAUCUUGGCUCAAGAGGUAACAAACAGGUUCCAUUCCUUUUUGGUGUCCCCAUAUUUGAAAAGGCUGCUUGUCUUGUCAUCCACUGGAUCUUCAGGAGAACUGGAAGGCAUCUUUUUCUUACUGAUAAUGAAGAAGGGAAGCUCCCAUUACUGCAACUCAUGUUGACAGACUGCGGUGACCUCUAUUUCAUGUCUGCAUUAUGCGCAUUUAGACGGCGAGUGGCUUAUGCUAAUGUUGGCUAUGAUCAUAUUGUAGGCUGGAGGACAGCAUCUAUUAGGCGCAACUGUGAAUUGCCUAAGUGGGAGGAUUCACUAAGUCAGAAAUAUCCACAUAUUGUACGUGUGGAAGCUGCAAAGGUUCCAGAAGAGCAGCAUGAACAGAUACCUGUUGUGGAUGAUGGAUCUGAUGUGCUGGAAGAAAAACUGGCAUCUGGUCUCAGACGAGUUUCUUGGGAACGAGUUGAUGUCAGCUUUCACACUAGCAAGAGGAGGUUUGCGGCACAUAGUCUCAUUCAGGUCAAGGAUCCAUUUGUGCAUUCAGAAGGUGUUGACUGCAUAAUGCACAUGAUCGAUAAUUUCCUUUGUUAGCAGGACAUUUUUGGGUGGAUGCUAGUUUGUACUAAUAUACAAUUAUUCAACAUGUACUCAAAGGGGUGGCAGCCACAAGUGGGAAAGUCUCAUUCAUUUCAACUUUUCCAGGAAAGUGGGUAGCCUAACUUUACAGGUCCUGAUUCCGUACUUCUCUUUGCACCUUCGUCUUGCUGGAGAUUGCGUUGAAGGAAAACUGAGGAGAUUAAAUCAGUUCCUUGGUACGUUUCUGGCUGGUAAUUUCUUUAAACGAAGCAACCAGAGAUGUAUUUGAUAUGGCGGAGCUGAAUCUGAUACCACUGUAACUUCCAUCAUUUGCAAGUCGCUGCCGAAAGCGCUCAUUUGUACUUAAAGGAAAAAUGUGCUGUUAUAAACAAGCUUUUAGACGUAAUCAAGAGCGAAAAUAUUUGUUCCA